UCAGGACCGUUAAUGGACUUCAGAGAGCAUCGAGCGGCGUGUGACGUUCAGAGUUAGCGUUAGCUAAAGUGAAACAUGGAGCGAAAUGUUGGGUCACUGCAGGAGCAGGCCAUGAAGAGAAAGGAGAGGCUGAAAGCAUUGCGAGAUAAACAACUUUAUGGGCAAGAGCAAGAAGACGGGGAGCCAGAGAACAAAAAACCCGCAGUAGAGGAGAUUACAGAAGAAAGGCACAGAGAGCUGAAGCUGAGGAAUUACACCCCCGAGGAUGCAGAGCUGAAGGAGAGGCAGGUGCCCAAAGCAAAACCUGCAUCAGUGGAGGAUAAAGUGAAAGACCAGUUAGAAGCAGCGAAUCCAGAGCCCAUCAUUGAAGAAGUGGAUUUGGCCAACCUUGCCCCAAGAAAACCAGACUGGGAUCUGAAGCGGGAUGUUGCAAAGAAGCUGGAGAAAUUGGAGAGGAGAACGCAGAGAGCGAUCGCUGAGCUCAUCCGGGAUCGUCUGCGAGGCAGCGAGGAGGAGUUGGCUGCAGUGGUCGGAGCAGCAGGAUUGGAGGAGGGAGACUCGGACUGAAACCAAAAUGUGACAAGAGUAAAAAAAAAAAAAAAGUAUUGUUUUCAGUUCCUUCACUUCCCCUUGUGAGUCCUUCCUCGUAUCAACUGUGUACGUAGUGUUUUGAUGUGCGUUGGUAAUGGAAUGUCUAUUUUGCUGUAAUUUUUACAUUUUCAAGUAAAAUAAUGUGAGUUUUUCAAAUGUCUGAUAAUUAUUUUCAGUGGGCAAUAUGGAUUCAUUUCACUAUCCUGCCAUAUGUGUUCAAAUAUUGUCCUAUAUGAAAAAUACCUUCACACUUAUUGGAAAAUCAUAUAAAAGCAUUUUAUAAAAUUUAUAUUUAAAAUAAA